UAAGGUGCUGCCCUGGCUGCUUAGAUUACUGUUACAGAGACCGCCGCCGGAGAGUGCUGUCGCGCCGCCUGGAGCUGCCGUCGCCGCCGUUAACCGCCGAACUGUUUCUGAAGGGGGCAGUAUUCUCAAUGGCGAAGAAGAGGAAGCAUAGCGAGGCUUUGGCUUCGGUCGCGGUUAAGAAGGAUAGCGACGCCCCCGAGAGACCCAAGCGGACGCUCAUGGGAUGGAAAGACAAAGAAGUGGGGAAAGAGAGCGAAUCAGGUUCUGAUCAUGCAGUUUUUCGGAAUAAAGAGAAGGUUCUCGUUACUUGCUCCCGCCGGAUCAAUUUUAGGUAUCGGCAUUUGAUGUUGAAUAUGGUAUCACUUCUGCCACAUUGUAAGAAGGAUAACAAGGUGGAGUCGAGGUCCAGUAAGGGUGCAACACUAAAUGAGCUGGUUGAGCUCAAGGGUUGUUCUUCCUCUCUAUUUUUUGAGUGCAGAAAACAUAAAGAUCUAUAUUUAUGGAUGGCAAAGUGCCCUAGUGGGCCAUCUGUGAAGUUUCUAGUUAAUGCUGUGCAUACAAUGGAAGAAUUGAAACUUACAGGGAACCAUCUGAAGGGUUCUCGUCCAAUUUUGACAUUCUCGUCUAAUUUUGAUAAAGAUGUCCACUGGAAACUUCUGAAGGAAAUGAUUGUUCAGAUUUUUGGAAUUCCGAAAGAGCAUCGGCAUUCUAAACCGUACCAUGAUCAUGUAUUUGUUUUCUCCAUUGUUGACGAUCAUAUAUGGUUCCGAAAUUACCAGAUAGCUGUUCCACAUAAUGAAUCAGCAGAUAAAGUAGCCAGAGGAGGACUAGAUAAAGUGACUCUUAUUGAGGUUGGCCCACGAUUCUGUUUGAAUCCAAUCAAGAUAUUUGGUGGCAGUUUUGGAGGUCCAACCCUAUAUGAGAACCCGCUUUACAUAUCGCCAAACCAGAUUCGUGCUUUGGAGAAAAAGCAGAAGGCCGGGAAAUACUCGAAGAAAGUCAAAGCAAAAACAAGGAGGAAGAUGCAUGAGCUAUCGAAUCCUUUGGAACCAGACGAGUUUGCUGAUAUGUGGAAGGAAUAGUCUUUUUUCUGAGGACCUAAUUUUGCCCAGGAGUUCCUCACCCUGGGAUGUUAAAUGGGAAAUUUUGUUCUAUAAUACUGUUGGUGGUUACAGACAUUUAUGUUGUCUAAGAUAAGAUCUGUAGUGCAAAUUUUGGCCUUGUUUUAUUUUUUAUUUUUUGAAACCUAUUCUGUUUUUUCUAUGUUUAUUUUUUUAAAAGAUCGUUGUUAAACCAGUCUCAUUUUAGAUAUGAUUUUUAUAAGACGAAAUGUUAUAUCA